GAUCCUUUCUGUCAAUUGGCAGCUUGAGUACAAUUGUUAGUGCAGCCCAAUCACCUAGCCUACAACGAAUACAGGGUCAUCCCGAGUCUUGUUAGAAACGCGUACCGCUUGAUUAUAGUACAACUGUCAUGCGUCAUAUGCGAGAGUAAGUCGUUUGGAGACUUCAUCUCGUGGGACCUUCCGUAGCGGAGUUAUCGAGCACACUUCCAGCCAUUUCCAUAACCCUGCAUUCACAUCGUAGCACCCAUUUGCUGUCCGACCUGAACCACACGGCUUCAUACGCGAUAUUCGCCAUAACUAAUUCUGGGAAGUUCGGCUGCUCCAGUUCCAUAUUACCGAUGAUUUGACUUGCUUUCGCCGCGAUUCUUCAGCGAAUGCCGUAUCAGGACAGGCCGUUGCUUCCGAAAUUCAGCAGAGCGCCAACCAAGGACGAAUGGAAGUCAAUGAGAAUUCGUCCACCCGCUCCGCCCGAAAGACGUCGAUUGACUGUGCCGCCCUGCGCAGGUACUGUACGUACAUAUGUCAGCCGAAGUGAGUUUCGACCAAUAUCUGAGAUCCAUGUAUCAAUAUAUACAGAAGUGUGGAUGGGCGUCGUGAUAUCCUCGUUCUUCGAAGGAAGGCGGCCUCAGCCAUUUGAUUGCUUUCAAAUAAUCCGAACAAGCGUCAAGAUGCCCAAGAGCCGCAAAACGACAUUGCAGCAAUACCUACGGAAGGACAGAUGCCAGCGCGGGAAACAGCCUAGCCAGCGGGUCUUGGAAUUGUUUCCGGUGCAAAUCCUUACAACUACGGGCGCCACGCUACCCCAAACGCUUCCCAAAUUCACGCCUGUUUGUCACAUUGGUCCAAACUCGAGGCAUGAGAUUUCCGAACGGUGUUUCCUGGUAACACAGCUGUAUCCUCAAGUCUUCUUCUACACAGCCAAUCCUCAUGUUCAACACUUUGGUUCAUAUGACAGCCAACAGAUCAAUCCAUCGAUCCUGCAGGGAACGGAGUAUUUAAUGACAUAUUCUCGGUUGCGUCUCGAAUUUGUUCCGCUCUCAAACAGCAUGACCCGGCUGUUGAUUGUGAUGGUUUUUCCAAUCCAAUGCCUCCGCCUUCUGUUCCCUAUGCCUCGUUGCGCAUCCUGGACAGCUGGGACAGUUCCAAGGAGCCUUGCCGCACAGCUGCGGAUGACCUUGAGUCCAUGACCUAGGUGGUUCUGCAUGCCAUUCUUAGCUGCCUUAUUGCGAAAAAGCAGAAUGACGCUCUCGGUCCGACAGGGUGUAUUAAAAGCAUUGACGUGGAAGGCCCCAGGCAUUUGUUACUGCACGGUACCGAGAAGCAUCGAGCCAUAUAAAGAGAGACUUGGCGAGCUGCUGGAAAUCACUUCAAUGAACUUCGCCGCUGUGGAAAAACUUAUCAGGGCAGGAAAGCUUUUUGAGAAGGACAUAGGGGACAUGCUGUGCGAUUGUGGACCCUGCCGUCGCCAAUGGGUGGAAUACACUCAACCGAAGGAC